AAAUGCAAACGAUUUUUGGACGCAUUCUGUUUUCUAGUGUUUUCCCUCCUUUUCAUAUUUCCAACUACUAAUUAAGUGAAAUUAAAUUGGUGCGAUAUCGAUUUGUUAUUAUUUUUGAUAGUGACUGUAUAAAUUAUCAUUAUUGUAUACUUUCCGAAAUUCAAAAUGCGCAAAGUAUCAAAAAAUCGAGCAGACGACGACGUUGUGUCGUCGUCCACUAAUGGAUCCACAUCGUUGGCUAAUGAAGAGCAACAAGAUGCUGAGCAAUCCGGAACGGAACAUGACAAAUCAGAGUCGAAAGAAAAUAUUGAUAGUGAUCCGGGCAGUGAUUCAGAAUUUUUAAGUAAUAAAAAGAAUAAUAAGGCUUCACAGAAACGUAAGUCUGGUCGAAAUAGUAAAAAGGGGCCAGAUUCUGAAUUGCAAGAGGAGAAGGAUGAGGAUUCUGAAACCGAUUCAAAAAAGGAGCAACAGAAGAAAAACAAAGGCAAAUCUAAGAAGAAGAAUGAUAAGAGACAGAGUAAGAAGUCUGAGGACGAAGAAGAAUAUGAGGUUGAGAGCAUUGUAGACUCGAAAAAGAUAAAAGGCAAAUUGCAUUACUUGAUUCGUUGGAAGGGAUAUGGCGCUGACAAUGAUACAUGGGAACCCUUUGACACCUUGUCCUGUCCAGAUAUUAUAAGCAAAUAUAAUGAUGGGAAAGAAAAUGAAGAGGAAGCAAAACCAAAAAAAGGUGGGAAAAAAAAAGGUGCCAAGCAAGAGAGUAAAUCACCAAGAAAGAAAGCCAAAAAUGAAUGGGAUAGUGAGGAUGCUGAUGAAAAUGCAGAAUAUGAAGUUGACCGUAUUCUUGAGGUACACCAUAAAAAGAAUGGGGAACGCGAGUUUCUCAUACACUGGAAAGGAUGGUCACCUAAAUUUGAUUCUUGGGAACCAGAGAAGAACCUGAACUGUUCUGAUUUGAUUGAAAAAUUCAUGGACAAGGUGACAUCUGCACGCUCCAAGGAGAGCCGUAGCCUCCGCGUGGCCCCGGAGUCCACGAGCCGCUUCACACUGCAGGACCCCACGUCCGGCCGCCGGCUGAGCAAGCGUCGGCCACAGAGCCAGAGAGUGCGAUAUGAUAAUGCAGAAUAAUUCUUUUAUUAAUGGGCGUCUCAACGAGUCGGGCGCCGUUAUAUUUUGGAUAGGCAUAGAUUUAGUUGAUUAUUGCGUUGUAUUCAUUACAUGAUUGGAAUAUAGAUUCAACAAAACAAUGUGUUGUAUCUCUAGAAUAUUUUUUUUUGCUUUUAUGUACUAUGAGGGUUAUAAAAUAAUGUAUAUGUGUGUGUACUCCCUGACCUCGUUGCUGCAAGUGGCAUUAUCUGAUAAAAAUGAAGUUCCUUCAAAAUAUCCGGACUGGUUGUUCGUCACUUCCAACUUAAUGGCAAUUUGUUUAGUUUGCGAGACUGAUUUUCUCGACGUGCCUCGUGUGCAAGUUUAUCGCGUUUCUAAUUGAUCUCUUCAAAAUUUUGGGUUUAGUUGUACCACGUGCGGGGUCCAAAUAAUAUAAUUACAGCUAAAUAAAGUUAACGAACGAAAAGAGUUAGAGUGCGUGUGAAACACUCAAGGCGAAUGAAAGAGACAGGGGACUCUGCAUACAAAGGCAUUUACAGAGAUAGACCAGCAAUAACUUGGCCGCUAAGCUUGCAAAGCAAGACCAAAAGCGACAAAAAUGUCGAAUUGUACAAAAAAUCUCACUACACUGACAUUACCUAUCUCCUAAAUCAUGUUUUUGUGUACAAUGCUACCUAAUCAUUAGAGUCGUACAAUAUACAGUGCAGGGACACAUUGCGUCACACCGCUUUUGGCGGGAAGCGAUGUGAUUGGUUAAUUUUCAUCGCGUCAUGGACGCCACGCCCAUAUACCCUGCAAAAAAUGGUUGACACGGACUUAAUAGUAAUAGAUUGUUUUUUUGUCAUAUCACACUGUGAUUGCAAAGAAACCUCUUUAUACAUAAUUGCAUCAAACUCGUUAACAAAACUUAUAAAAAACUUAUAAAAUUAAUUAUUGAAUAUUUUCGACUAUGACAUUAUUAAUGUUGUAUAUUGGUAUCGUGAAAUGGUUUCUAGUGCGUUAAUCCAAUUUUUUUUAUAUAAAACGCUGUCCAUAAAUUAUCAUAACAACAGAGUGUUGAAGUAAACCUUUCCUGACUUUUUUGUCAUUGUAAUGUCUCCCAUCAUAAAGCUGGCCUUUUAUGUUGUUUUUUAUAAGACUGACGCAGGUAAUGAACAACACCGUACAUCUGUAGCAUGUUGGUCGAGGUGUACACAUGUUGCAUAUUAUAAAAUAAUAAUAGUAAAAGGGUAUGAGUAUAUUAUAGUUAAUAAGAUAUAUUAUAUAUAUACCCACAAAAAAAUAUUCUCAAGAUUAUAUGAGUUCUUAUUAUAUGUAUGUGCAUGCUGUUUCUGCGGUAGCGGAGUAAUUCGUGUUUUAAUAAUAUUUAUACAAUGCAAAUUAACAUUGAAGUGUUGUCUGUCUGUUGUAUAAAUAUUAUUAAUUAAAGAUUUAUGCUUAGUUUUAUGUUUCGUGCAAUGUUUAACACAAUUUCUGUUCAUAUAGUAGGUAGCGAUCUAUGUCGUCGUAUUUUAUACCGAGAAAUUCAAAAAAGAUUGUUUUUUUAUCGUUACUUAGCCUGAAGCAAUCGCGCGAGCCUAUCUGCCUAUGUCUAUAUAGUCCGAAGUUUGGGCAAUUUUUUAUGACAACUUAUAUGACCGCGUAAAAAAAAAAGAAAAAAUCUUGUAUCUCAAAGUGUAUAAUCUCACUAUUACGAUGUCGCACACAAUUUUGGGCUCAAACAAGGAUCAUAAGCGGCACUGCAUUGUAAUAGGCAAUCGCAAGUAUCAGAUGCAUGUCGGCUUCUUUCGUCACUUUUUCAAAUAAAAAAAAAAGUAUGUGAACGACGUUGAACAUUUCUUUAAAAGUUAAUUUAAAGUGAGAGUAGAAUUUUGUAAGAUUUAGUGUAGAUAACUGCCUAACUGUAUUUUCUCUUGAAAAAAAUAUAUCUUUACUGAUUAAACAGUAAAAUACUUCGGUGUUGAUGUUUUGUCUACUAAUAGAGAAAAAAAUUUUAUAUUGCUUUUUGCAAUAUUAAUAUUAUAAUAAUGUAGAAAAAUAAUAUAUUAUAAAUCUAGGCAUAUCUGCAGAUGUAACAUGCCGUUCCCAAUAUACUAUCUACGGAUAGUGACCAACUAUUACCUUCAACUGUCAGUAAUUAGCUGUCAAUAAUCUGAAGCUGUCCCAAUAUACCCAAUAAGUUAUUAUUAUCGGACUCGUGAAUUGCAAUUUUUAUACAAACUUAAGCUAUACGUCUUUCCAUUGACAGACAGCGUGUACGGAUAAAGUGAGUUACCAUCGAUAAGUUUAUUGGGACAGAAAAGUUCAACGAUAGUUACGUUUUUCUUAUCUCAAGUAGGCCACAACCGGAGAUCGACUGAAUAUUGGGAACGGCCGUUAGACACUAAAUUAUUUUACUGCCAUAAUUAAAUGUUCAAAUUAGUCAAAUGUGACAAUUUAACCGUUUUCAUAGACGGGGAUGAACACAAACGCUGCGCGAUUGCUAUUAGGCUUAUCCUAGAAUUUACGAAAGCUAACAUAAUAUAGAUUGUAUCUUUGAAUUAAGAUAUUUUAAAAACUAGUUAUAAAUUGAAUCCUUAUUGUGCACAAUGGUUAUGUAUGUCUUGGAAUACAAUGUUUUUUUCUAUUAUUGAUAUGCAAUCUACUGUAACGCUGAUGUCUUCAACCAUUCCAGCCUCAAAUAGCCUUCACUAAAAAGCUACUUGAGGCUGACACCUGUCAUCAUUGAUACAAGACGUCAAUUACUUUGAUCAUUUAUACGUACUAGAUAGAGUCUCGUUCACAUGGAAAACGUAUUGGCAAAAGACUACACCCGUACGCUCGUUUGUCCUGCUAUUCCAUAAAAUAAAAAAAAAGUUCUUCUCACGGACGAGUAAAAAAGGAAAGACUCCGCGCCGUGAUAUUAGCAACCUUUAUGCUAGUGUGUGUGCGGUUACGGAGGAUACUAGUUACACAAUUUUUUCUCCCUUAAAUAAUCAUAUAUGGCCACAAAUACUUAUAUAGUAUCGUUUUUACACUUUUUCACAACGCACGACGGCAUUUUUAAAAUAUUUUAUUGAGACGCAAACUGAUCUGUCACAGACGAUGACAAUUCUCAUAAUGGCUGCCUAUCGGCCUGUAAUAGUGUAAGUGUGUGCGUGAGGCUGUGUAUUUACACGUUUAUCGGUUUGUUUUGGUGCUACACUGUUAUGUAAGGUGACACAGAGUUCUUAUUUUUUUUACUAGUCCGUGGUUCUUCUAAAGGGAAAUACGAUUUUCAAUCCUGAAUUCCUACUCGUCAUUGGUUCUGCAAUUUCAAAGAUACACAUAAACGUGUUACAAGUACAAUCAGUAGAUUAAGGCUAGGGCAUACAUGUACCUCCGUUCAUCUGGCUAAGCUAGCUGCAUAUAAGAGACAGCUCUCUCUGUGAGUGUGGACUUGAUGAAUUAAGUCCCAAUCACAUCUUUUUCAGUUCUUCUUCUCUUUAUGACCUCCUUCCUCUUUAUAUUCCUCGCCGUUCAUUCAUUAACCAAAAUAAUAUAAAACUUUAGUUUGUUUGUCUUUUAACCCUUUGUAUAUAUUGUGUGUAUCUUUUUUGUUUUAGAUACAUCAAGAGUGUUUUUUGCGGUGAAUGAUCUGAGCAGUAACAUAUUUCUUAGUUUCUAGUGACCUUGUUCAUCACUGACCUCCACUACAUACCACUGGACAGGCGGUUGUCAAAGUGCUUUUGUGCUUCUUAGAUAUUCGCCAUUUUGGCGCUGUUGGCCAUAGCGAGAGUCUACGGUACUAAAACUAGUGAUGACAACCUCGGCAAACAUCGAUAGAUGGUGGGAAACUAUUUACAAGAAAAAAAUUGUGUACUUUAUUAAGUUGAUUCUUGAAAUAUAAUUUAACACUUUAUAGUAAUGUUAUAGGAGUUGAAUUGGUAUGCAUAUUAUGUUCACAUAUAUUGUGCUAAUUGUAUUAUAGUGUAUCUAGUUUAUAUAUAAUAUUGGCUGUAGGUAUGUUGGAUUAUGGGCUGGUGUAUCGCUCACAUAUGUAACUAUCCAAUUAUAUACACGUGGGAUUCUAUAAAUGGCUAGCUAUGACUAUUAAGAUUGUUUUGUAAUGUUAUGAAAGCUGUUGAAUCUCCUAAUAUAUAAUAAAUAAAUAAAUAAACACGGAAAACGAACUAAAUUAAUUAAAAAUGCAAUAAUACUUCAGAGUAUUGUACGUUCCUUCGCAGCCACUUGUAUUAUACGUCAAAAUUAAUUCUCUAGACGCUCGCGAGUGGCGCUUCAAAUAGGCACAAAAAAUUUGCUGUCAAACAUAUGGAACAGCCUGUCCAGUGGUAUUUAUACAGGUCAGUGUUGUUUAUUCACAAAGCCGAAUAUAGCAGAGUUGAUUAAAAUACACUCGUCAUCGGCGUAAUCUAAAAGGAUACGCCAUCAAGCCAAAGCAUAAUUAAAGUUUUGCGGUUAGACAACUGAUAAAAACAAGCCAGGAAUAUUAGUUUAGUGUGCGUGACACGCUACGUCUUACACUCGCGAUGUGUAUGACACUGUGUUAGUGUGCGUGCAUUGCUCAAAAUAGAGGUUAGUUCUAAACUCAAUUUUUGUCGACGUUUUCACAGCUGUCGUAGUCUAUCUAGCCGUAUAAAUGAUCUUAGGUCAAUAUUAUUACAGUGGUAGUGGAAGGUACCUACAACCGCUAAGCACUAAGUUAGCUAAGUACCUAUUGGCUUCGAGGGAGAGUGAAAUAUUAUUAAGUUGGUUAGACUCUAAUUGGAGAAGUAAAAACUUUAUACAUUUUUAUUAUUAAAUUCUACCAAACGAAUUCUUUAUCUCCAUUCGUGAUAUCGCGGCUUCAUUUUCUGUGUGUCAUUACCGUAUCUUAAUUCUUAGGUAGUAAUAGUAUGUAAAUAGAAUUAAGGACAUUGAGUAAUAUAAAAUAAAUAAUAUCGCCAUUUUUCCCAAGCCUUCAUUUGAAUUUAUACAUCACGUGUGAAUGUUUUUGUGUUAGUUGUUCUGAAGGUUUAAAAACUGGUUUUAGUUGAUUUUUACUCACUACGCACACAACACAAAUUACAUAAGAUACAUACAGUAUGUUUGCUAUAACAAUAUACCUAAUUGUGGAAGGGAACGACAAUCAACAGCAAAUAUUUUAAUUAUUUGAUUAUUAAUUAAUUAUGAUCCAAUUA